UCCAUUCAUGAGAUUCUUUGAUUCAUUUCGGCGCUAUCGCCAAACAUCCCCACGUUCAGUCGUUUAUUAGACGUUUAUUACAGCAUAAAAGACGUCUUUCUAAAUGUAUAUUUAAAAGUUAGUUACUUCCGCCUAUAAAAAUAGCGCUUUUGGGUAGAUUUAGAGGCGUUUUUAUACAUAUCUAGCUACAAACCAAUAUUUUCCUUCCGUUUAUGGUGUCAGUUUUGAAGAUGGAACAAAAUCCCGCAAAAUGGAAGUGGCUUUUAGGCGUGCUUCUAGUGACAUCCUCCAUUAGCAUGGCAAACUGUUUUACUAAAAGAAGCAUAGAUCUGAUCGCAGCUCACGGCCUUAUAUCAGACACCAAACUGCCAGGUGACGUCACGCCCAAUUCCUACAAUUUAAAGUUGCACCCAUACCACGAAGAAGGAAACUUUAGUGGAGAAAUCAGCAUCAAUGCCACUGUGCAGCACAGGACCAAGGAGGUCGUCUUGCACAAACAUCCAGACUUGAAACUCACCCUAGUCAGAGUGGUCCAGGUUCUACCAUCAGACUACGAAUCUAGAACAGCAAGAGAAGAUGAUGAUAAAAGAAGCUAUAAAGUUCAAAUGUUGGGAACCCGUUGGAAGCAAGUGGAAAAACAGUCCAUGAUAAACAUCGAACUGGACACCACCAUGAACACUGGAGCAGUUUUAGAGAUAUAUCUUGAAUUUGAAGGACAACUCUUCAAUGACACCACAGAGGGCUUGUUCAGGAGUACCUAUAUUGAUCCAACAACUAAAGAGAAGAAAUGGUACUAUGCUACAUUUUUGAGACCCAAUAUGGCUAGAAACGUAUUUCCUUGCUUUGACGAACCAGGAUACAAAGUGCCAUUCCAACUGACACUGAUACGCCCUAAUACCAUGAGGGCGAUUUUUAAUACGCCUGUAGAAUCAACUGGUGAUACCAGCAAGUAUUGGGUAGCGGACAAAUUCCAGAGAACACCUCCAAUGGCUACAUUUUCGUUUGCUUUUGUUGUAUCAGAACUGAGUCACAUCACUUUGAAUGUCAGCGAUAGCGAAGACAUAAAAAUGAGAGUUUGGGCAAGGCCGGACUUCAUCGAAGCCUUAAGUAACGUCACCACGAAGGUUUCCAAGUCAGUUAAGUUCCUGGAACACUUCUGGGGGUCCCCGUAUCCUCUUCCAGAGUUGAAUAUCUUCGCUUUGCCCAAUUAUCAAGCUACCAAACCAGCAGACAGUUGGGGAGUCCUGUUGUUUAAAGAAAGUGAGCUAAGCAGCAAAGGAUCCUGGCAUUUGACUCAGGAACUGGUAUAUCAAUGGCUUGGAGCACUGGCCACUCCAUUCUGGUGGAGUGAUGCCCAUAUCAAUAAUGCUUUGGUCAGAUACAUCACAGCCUUUACCACAUUAAAGAUUGGUGAAAACGAAACAUUUAAUAACUGGCCCACUACCAUGCUGUAUUCUAUUUACUAUGAAUUCAGUAAAAGAUAUCCACAUGGAAAAAACACUGCAAUUAAACAAGAUUCUUCUUCGGCUAAGACAGAAUUGGUGUUUAGAAUGUUAAAUUAUACAUUAGGAGAGAGUACAUUCAGGCAUGGAAUGCAAAGGUUUAUGGCUGAUAGACAAUUUAAAACAUUCUUCGGUGAUGAUAUCUGGCUAUCCCUAACCGAACAAGCACGAUUUGACAAAACUUUACCAGAACCCAUCACCAUCAACGAAAUAGCGGGCUCAUGGAUCACAAAGGACCGUCUCCCAGUUGUCACAGUAACCAGGAACUACAGUAAUAAAACAGCACAUAUUCACCAGAGGGUCUAUUUAAGAGAAAGCUCACGAUGUACUGACCAAGAAAAGUUCUUGUGGUGGAUUCCUGUGAUUCAUUAUCAGACGGAUAAAAUGAAUUUCUUAGACACCACUCCUGAUUUGGAUGAUGCGGGAAAGAGAGAAAUAGAGUUGAAGAAUAUGCUAUCUAAUGAUCAAUUUAUCAUAAUCAAUCCAGAAGAGAUAGGUCCAUUCCCUGUAAACUAUGACGUAGAUAACUGGAAUAUGUUAGCCAGAUAUCUUCAAACCGAGAACAGAACCAAAAUUCCAGUCUAUACCAGGGCCAAGCUACUUCACGAUGCUUGGAACUUGGCUUACGCAGGCGACCUCAGCUUCGCUACUGCGCUGAAUAUGACGCUGUUUUUGAAGAACGAAAGAGAAUAUCUCGCUUGGGAUCCAGUGUUCACACUUAUCGACCACAUAGGGAAACAUAUUGACAGUUCAGCAGUACAUAAAAAAUUCCAGACUUAUGUACGCCUUCUUCUUACACCUCUCUACGAAGAACUGGGAAAUGAACCUCAAGAAGGCGAAUCCGAGGGCAGAGCUCAUCUGAGAAGCUCAUCCAAAGUAUUCUUGUGUCAAGCCGGAUACAAACCUUGCAUCGAGGAAGCCCAGAAUGCUUUCAAAAAGUGGAUGGAAAGUGACAACCCUGAUGAAGGCAAUCCAGUCGCAAAUCAGUAUAUUUGUCCAGUUUUCAAAUGGGGUACCAAUGAAGAAUGGGAAUUUGGAUUACAAAGAAUUAUCCGAUUCCCUCAAGGCAGGAAGCCCAGUGAAAGAACUUACUUGCUCAAAACUCUGGCAGGAUGUCCUAACGAUUCUUGGAAGAUAGAGCGAUUGCUCAAUAUUACUGUCUUGGAACAGAACGGAAACUUCACUGAUAACGACAUCUAUUUGAUCUUCAGUAUGCUGACAGGAGGUGCGAAUGGAUACACCACCUUGUUCAACUUCCUUAGGAAGAAUUGGGAUACCAUUAAAUCCAGGUUUGAAGAAAAACCCAUGCUCUGGAACAGCAUCAUAACAUCCGCUACCACAGUGUUUAAAACACAAGAAGGACUGGAUAUGGUGUCCGAACUCUAUUUGGAAAGACAAACAGAAUUUGGAAACGCAGAUUUCGUCAUAGAAAAAGCCUUGAAAAAUAUCAAGGAAGAAACCAAGUGGAGCAACGAAAACCUACCAGUCAUCGAAAAAUGGCUGGAUGGUUAUUUGAAGAACAACCAAGUGAAGUAACUCGGCAACCAAGUGAAUAUAAAAUAAAAAUAUAUUAGUGUAUACAUAUUAUGUUAGAUUUUUACUGUUAUUUCUUUUUAUUUUGUUUUUUGUACAUAAUUAGAGAAAGAUAUACUAUUCCUACGUAUUUAGUUUAUUUUAAGUAAUAAAAAUAAGCAGGGGCGUCUCUAUAGGAGGGGCUACUUGAGUGAUUAUAUAGAUAAAAUUCAUUUAUACUGAAUCAUCAACAAUUUGCAAAGGAUGCUGUAAAAAUAAAAAAUCUCAUUAAUCUUGACUUUUUGUUUUUACAUUUAUUUAUGAUUCUUAUUAGUUGUUGUAAAGUUAAGGCAUGUUAAUUAUUUAAAUAUCUUGAUGUAUUUUGAUAAAAAUCGUGUCAUAAGUAGAAAAAUGUCUGCUUGAAGUUGUAGGAAUUUAGGCUCCUUCAAAAAAGGUCUAGACCCGCCCCUGUAAAUAAUAAUAAUAUUCGGUGAGAUAAAAUGAAUGCAAUAGCGAUGUACAGCUGAAAAUGUUUUAUUAUUGACAUAGUAAUAUAUAAUUUUUAAUCAGUAA